AUGUACCCGCAUUGGGUUUUAUUAUUACUUUUUUGUCUUUUAAUUGUCAUUGCUUUAUUCGGUAAUCUUCUUGUUUGUGCCGCUAUUUUCUGGGAUCGACAUUUACGAAGACAACCAGAGAAUCUCUUCUUGGUGUCGCUUGCAAUUUCCGAUCUUCUCGUAUCAAUUCUGGUGAUGAUCUUUGCAGCAGCAUCAGAUCUCCUCGGUCAAUGGCCAUUCGGGAAUGCGUAUUGCCAGUUUUGGGUGGCCUUUGACAUCACAACAUGUACAGCUUCAAUUCUAAAUCUCGCUGCAAUUUGCCUUGAUCGAUACUGUCAUAUUAGUCGACCGAUGGUUUAUGUGAGAUAUUGCAAUCGAAGACGGAUAUCUUAUGGGAUCAUUCUCGUCUGGGUGCUCUCGGCGUUGAUUGGAGCGGCGCCGCUUGGAUUUGGUUUUGGAUCACAUGUUACAUGGGAUUUACAUAACAAGACAGCUUGUGAGAUGAGACUGCCACUUGCAUAUGCCGUGUGCAGCUCGAUGCUUUCAUUCUUUGUGCCCGCCGCUGUCAUGGUAUUCCUGUACACAAAACUCUACCUCUAUGCUCAACGACAUGUUCGCAGUAUACAGACUCAAUUGAAACAAGCCACAUCAUUUCUCAUCAUGCAAUUAGCAUCAGAAAAGAUUCGAGAGGACGAGGAAGCAGAUAGUUACGAAGAUGAAGCCACAGCAGCUACACUGAGAAACGGAACUGCGGCACCGACUCCUCCAUCCCCAAAGGAACUUCUCGAGGAUGUGCCCAGAGGCAGCUCAUUUUGGGAUAAAUUCACAAGAGUGUUACAUGUCCGAAGAAAUCCAGUCAGUGAAGAAGCUCAACAACAACAAAGAAACACUGUCAGCGAUCAAAAAGCAAGAUUAACGUUGGGUGUGAUUAUGGGAACAUUUCUUUUCUGUUGGACUCCGUUCUUCUUGGUGAAUAUUUGGAGAUCGUGGAGUCCGCAUGAUAUCAAUAAAGAAGCUGUGCAGGCUGUCACCUGGUUGGGCUAUGCAAAUUCAACAGUGAAUCCCAUCAUCUACAGUAUAUUCAAUCGGGAUUUUCGCAGAGCAUUCAAGAAGAUCAUCGUCAAAUUGUUCAGUUGCUUUGAUCGAGGCAAACACGAUUAUGGGUGUGUUCGCAAUGGAGUCACUGAUGGUGGAUUGGCUGAUCGAAAGCGAUCAUACACUCGAUCAUCCGAGACACCCGAGAAUAACAAUCAAAAUCGAACUGAUGCUGUGGCUACUCGUCUCGUUCUUCUAAACAAUAACGAAUCAUCGGUGAUUGUUGAAGAA